UGGCAGCAUAGUCGUUAGAGAGCUCCCAUGCUGUGUCUAAAACUCACCCACCUUUUCAAACGCGUUCCCUCCUCUCUUCUAUUCUCUACAUAUUCAACUUCCAACUACCUUAACUGUCACCUCAACUACUUCCUCUCUAACCAAACCUCAACGCUCCAAUCUCUCCUUCAAUCUCAUGCUCUCAUCAUCGCCAGUGGCAACUCAAACAACCUGUUCAUAGCCUCAAAGCUUAUCUCUCUCUAUUCCUCUCUCAACAAACCCACUUCUUCCACCAAAGUGUUUGACUCAGUGUCUCCUAAAGACACAUUUCUUUGGAACUCUGUGAUCAAAUCCCACUUCUCUAAUGGCAAUUACUCUCAAGCCCUUGAAUUUCAUCUCCAAAUGCGAGCAUUUGAUACCACACUUGACCAAUUUACCAUUCCAAUGGUUGUUUCUACUUGCGCUGAGUUGAUGUUGCUAGACCAUGGCAAGAACAUUCAUGGGUUGGUUUUGAAACUUGGGCUCUUUGCGGAGAAUUCCGCGGUUGGGUCUUCAUUUGUGUAUAUGUAUGUCAAGUGUGCUCAAAUGGAUGAUGCAUAUCUUAUGUUUGAUGAAAUGUGUGUUAGAGACGUGGUUGCUUGGACCGCACUUGUGAUUGGGUAUGUGCAGAAUAAUGAGAGUGAGAAGGGUUUGGAGUGUCUUUGUGAGAUGCAUAGGGUGGGUGGGGAUGGUGAGAGACCAACUUUUAGAACAUUAGAAGGUGGGUUUCAAGCUUGUGGGAACCUGGGUGCUUUAGUUGAAGGUAGAUGCUUACAUGGUUUAAUAGUAAAAACUGGAAUUGGGUGUUCACAAGUUGUUCAAUCUUCGCUUUUGUCCAUGUAUUCCAAGUGUGGGAUCCCUGGAGAAGCUUACCAUUCGUUUUGUGAAGUAACUAAUAAAGAUCUUCUCUCAUGGACAUCACUCAUUGGUAUUUAUUCAAGAUUUGGGCUUAUGGCUGAGGGCUUGAGUUUGUUUUUGGAAAUGCAGGAGAAUGAAAUAUACCCAGAUGGAAUAGUUAUCAGUUCCAUACUUUUGGGAUUUGGUAAUUCCAUGAUUGUCUUUGAAGGAAAAGCCUUUCACGGAUUAAUCAUAAGGCAGCAUUAUGUAUUGGAUAUGAUGGUUCAUAAUGCAUUAUUGUCCAUGUAUUGCAAGUUUGGAUUAUUAUCUCUUGCAGAGAAGCUCUUUCGUAGAGUACCUGAAGCAAACAAAGAUUCUUGGAACAAUAUGAUUUUUGGCUAUGGUAAGGCAGGGCUGGAAGCUAAGUGCAUAGAAUUGUUUAGAGAGAUGCAAUGGAUUGGCAUUGAACCAGAUUCAAAUAGCUUGGUCUCUAUGGUUUCUUCAUGUUCCCAACUGGGAGCAACCUAUCUUGGCCGUUCACUUCACUGCUACAUAAUUAAACAUUCAAUGGAUGAAAAUGUCAUGGUAGUUAGUACACUCAUGGACAUGUAUGUGAAAGCUGGCAAUUUGAAUAUUGCAUGGAAAAUAUUUUGUGGGACACAGAGAGAUAUCAUCACAUGGAACACAUUGAUCUCAUCUUAUACUUACUGUGGGCACUAUGCAGAGGCUGUAGCCCUAUUUGAAGAAAUGAUUUCAGAAAACUUGCAACCCAACUCAGCAACAUUGGUAAUAGUGCUUUCAGCUUGUUCUCAUCUUGCAUCUCUUGAGAAAGGAGAAAGGGUUCACUGUUACAUUAAGGAAAGAGGGAUUGAGUCUAAUAUUUCUCUGGCCACUGCAUUGGUUGAUAUGUAUGCAAAAUGUGGGCAACUUGAAAAAGCAAGAAAAUUGUUCAACACAAUGAAAGAGAGGGAUGUUAUAUCUUGGAAUGUGAUAAUCUCAGGUUAUGGAACGCAUGGUCAUGCAAAAUCUGCUAUCGAGAUAUUUCAGCAGAUGGAGAAAUCAAAUGUUAAACCAAAUGGACUCACUUUCCUUGCUCUUCUUUCAGCCUGUACUCAUGCUGGGCUCGUCAAAGAAGGGAAGUGUCUAUUUAAUAGAAUGCAAGACUAUUCCAUAAAACCCAACUUGAAGCAUUAUUCCUGUAUGAUAGAUCUUCUAGGAAGGUCAGGUAAUCUACAAGAAGCUGAAGCAUUGGUCCUUUCAAUGCCAUUUUCUCCUGACGGUGGGGUGUGGGGUGCUUUGUUAAGUGCUUGUAAAAUUCACAAUGAAAUUAAGACCGGUGUAAGGAUUGCAAAGUAUGCUAUUGAGACUGACCCAGAAAAUGACGGGUACUAUAUAAUGAUGUGCAACAUGUAUAAUUCUGUUGGGAGGUGGGAGGAGGCUGAAAGGGUAAGAGAAAUGAUGAAUGAAAGGAAUGUGGCAAAGAUAGCUGGUUGGAGUACACUCUAGGUUAUAUGAAUUUCCUUAGAUUCUUGUUGGGGUAUCUCUCUUACCCUUGGACUUGAUAGUUAUAUAAUUAUAUAAGGAACUUUAGGAUCCACCUCAAUUCUGAAAGCCAACAACAGAAAUGAAAUAGGUCAAUGUACAAGGAGCCUGAAUUUUGCUUCAAUUCAGAAUGUGGCUAGCAUUGCUGUUGCACUACUGUGGCUCACUGGAAAGCCAACUUUGUCGGUCAACCAAGCAAUUUGAAUAAUGACCAUGAGAGGGAUGAUGGGUUCAACAUAUUCCAAGUCUUCUGCAUUAAAUGUGGCCUGGUACAGGAAGCAGAUUAUCGAUUUGAUUUGUAGAAUUGUAUUCAAAAGUGAGUAAGCUGUUUGCGACUAUAGUAGGUGUGGUCAUUUUCCAUUGAAGGAUUGUGGCGUCUUGUGGCAAAAAAGAAGAUGAAUUUGAUCUUUUUGGGUUUGAGUACAAGUGUAAAUUAUUGAGGAAACCAAAGAUAGGUCAGAAGUUUAUCAAAUUGAGUUCCUUCUUGCUUCCUACAGUUUUUACCAAUAGAUGCAGUGGUUACUUGAUGUUACUAACCAGCAGGAGAAAAACAUUGAAUAUCAUUCUCAAUAUUAGUUUGAGGAGGUGGGAGGAGGCUGAAAGGGUAAGAGAAAUGGAGAAUGACAGGAAUGUGGCAAAGAGAGCUGGUUGGAGUACACUCUAGCUAGCCAGCAACAGAAAUGGAAAUAGAUCAAUACACAAGGGGCUUGAAUUUUGUUUCAAUUCAGAAUGUGGCUAACAUUGCUGUUGCACUACUGUGGCUCACUGGAAAGUGACCUUAAUCAGUCAAGCAAGCAAUUUGAAUAGAGACUAUGAGAGGGAUGGUGUGUUCAACAUAUGCCGAAUUUUCUACGAUAAAUGUGGCCUGGUCCAGGAAGCAGAUAAUCCAUUUGGUUUGUAGUCAAAAGUGAGUAAGCUGUUUGCGACUAUAGGAGGUGUUGUCAUUUUCCAUUCAAAAAAGAAGAUGAUUUGAUCUUUUUGGGUUUGAGUACAAGUGUGAAAUAUCGAGGAAAGCAAAGAUAGGUCAGCAGUUUAUCAAAUGGAGGUCCUUCUUGCUUCCUACAGUUUUAAACAAUAGAUGCAGUAGUGGUUACUUGAUGUUACUAACCAGCUGGAAAAAAGCAUUGAAUGUCAUUCUCAAUAAUAGUUUGAGGUGAGUUGUUUCCAUGGUCCAUGUUAUAACUGUGUAUUUGUUGUUGUUGGUGUAAUAAUUUAAUUUUUGAUUUUGAUGGAGUAUUGUUGGAUAAUAUUGAGCAUAGAAAAUAAUGAAGCCACUUGACUCUCUUUUCA